AUGUCACGUAGCCGGUGUAGAUGUGCACGUCUACAUGUGACACGGAUUCAGAAUUCUGACCAUGAUCUUCCACAACUUCCCGAUGAGAUCAUUGAGUUCAUUGUGUCCAAAGUUCUCCCGACUGAGCUAGUCGCUUUUGGUCUGGACCAAGUGAGUCGUUCAUUUGUCACGUUUGUCCACCGUAACCUUUGCUCAAAAACCUACUUCUGUGCUCUACAUGAUCCACUUUGGGAGCUAUAUCGGAACACUAGAAACAUACAUGAUGCUCAAAAAUUCGACAAGUUGAUGGUUCUACUGAUCAAGAAGUAUCUGUGUCAAGUGGAGGAUCUGGUACUUCCGGUGACCCUGUUUUCUCAUAUUCAACACCUCCUUGAAGCCAACUCCUAUUUGGCUGCAACCAGCGGAACCGCGUGUAGUUUCCGUCAUCCUCAACCAGGUGUCGCCCUCACUCAUCUCUCAAAACUAACAAUUAAAAUUGGUGAAGAAUGUGGAGGACUCACUUUAUCCCAUAACUUUGAGAAUCUCAAAACGUCAUCUUCCCUCUGUAAAACUCUUCACGAAGUGAAUUUGGACAUUGUCCUAUCCGAUAAUGAAGACGUCACAUGUGCGGGAUUCCGAGAGUUUUUGAGGUUUUUGAAGGAGAUUUCCUGUAAAUCUACACUUUGGAACAUUCGAUUGACUGAUAAUACGACAUCUGGACAAGGGUGGUCUGGACCCGCAAACUUGAAUCGGUAUCGGAAUAAAAUGUUCAUUUGUUACAUCCGAACCAUGUUGGAUUUAUCACUGAAAAUCAAUCAAUUGGAGUUGAUGGAUAAGAGAAAGGCAUCUCCCUAUAUGUUGGUCAUGGCUCCAUAUAGAAGAACGAUUUAUAUGUUCCCAGAGUUCAAGAGAUGCCGCAACCUGGUCAUCUGCUAUGAUAUUGGAUUGAUCGCCCCGGUGUUCAGCCACGAGAACGAUCACUUCGAUGACCUUCUGAGUUUUGAGGUUGACGAAUCCCAUGUUCUUUACAAAGCUGAUCUUCUGGAAUAUCUGAAAUCCGCCCAUGAGCUUCGAGAAGUCAAAGUGGUCAUUCCUUCAACUUUCCAAUCUCGCGUCUCCCGAUGUACCGAAGGAUGUUUCUCGAAUCCAGACUUUGCUUGUUUCCGAGCUGACGGCUGGUGUAGUGUCCCUUCGAAACUUCCUGGUGCUCACUUUGAAAUUGUUGCUCGUGCUCCAAUCAUGGCCUGA